AUGAGCUGUAGCAAGGAUGUCACUCACAGCUCAAUGGAUUCCUCACGUGUGUUUGUGCUCUGUCUGUCUUCAGUGUGUGGUAAACCUCUGCUCAACACCAGGAUCGUUGGAGGGCAGCCGGCCCCUGAGGGCAGCUGGCCCUGGCAGGCCAGUCUGCAGAGAGGCGGAGGCCACUUCUGUGGAGGGUCUCUCGUUAACAGCGAGUGGGUGGUGUCUGCUGCUCACUGCUUCACAAGCACCAGCACCAGCAACCUGGCUGUGUCUCUGGGUCGUCAGAGUCUGGAGGGAUCCAACCCCAACGCAGUGACUCGGACUGUAGUGCAGAUCAUCCGUCACCACGACUACAACACUGAUACUAAUGAAAACGACAUCAGCCUGCUGAAGCUCUCAUCGCCUGUGAUUUUCAACAACUUCAUCCUGCCCGUGUGCCUGGCAGAGCCCGGCAGCUCCUUCUUCAGCGGCUCAAACUCUUGGGUCACCGGAUGGGGCAACAUUGGAUCUGGAGUUUCUGUUUGUCCACAGUGUCCCCUUCCUUCCCCGCAAGAACUGAUGGAGGUGGAGGUGCCGAUCGUGGGAAACAGGAAGUGUAACUGUAACUACGGAGUGGGCUCAAUCACAGAAAACAUGAUCUGUGCGGUAGAGGCCGGAGGGAAGGACUCCUGUCAGGGCGACUCGGGGGGGCCACUGGUGAGCAAGCAAGGCGACCGCUGGGUCCUGGCAGGGAUCGUGAGUUUUGGAAAUGGUUGUGCCUUGGCUAAUUUCCCUGGAGUCUACGCCCGUGUAUCUAGUUAUCAGUUAUGGAUCAACAGUCACAUCACCAGCGACCAGCCGGGAUACGUCAGAUUCACGUCCACCGGGACUGACAGUGACCUCAGCGUCACCUGUGCUGGCCUGGCACCGCCGCCAACAACUACCCUGCCAACAACCACCCUGCCAACAACCACCCUGCCUACAACCACCCUGCCUACAACCACCACAGCCAAACCUGUGGUCUGCGGCCAAGCCACAAUGAACUCGCGUAUCCUGGGGGGAAGCUCGGUAUCAUCGGCUGGUUUGUGGCCGUGGAUCGCCAGCCUGCAGAAGAAUGGGAGCCACAUGUGCGGCGGGACUCUGGUGGCUGUUGAUGCAGUUUUGAGUAACGCCAACUGCUUUUCAAGCAGCUCCCCCGUACCGUCUGAGUGGACCGUGGUUUUGGGUCGGCUGAAACAGAACGGAUCCAACCCUUUUGAGAUGACACUAAACGUGAGAAACAUCACUGUGAGUAACCUCACCGGGUCCAACGUGGCGGUGCUGCAACUGGAAACCAAUCCCACCCUGUCCACCUACAUCCAGCCCAUCUGCCUGGACAACGGACAGACCUUCAGCGAGGGCUCCACCUGCUAUGGUGCAGGCUGGAGCGCCGGACGAGGCGGGGAGGAAGAAGUUCUGCAGGAGUUCCAGACCUCAGUUGUGAGUUGUGGAAACGCUUCAACAAGUGACAGAAUUUGUACAGGGUCGUUCACGUUGGAGCAGGGUGACUCUGGCGGUCCUCUGAUGUGUAAGGUGGGUGGAUCUUGGUUCCAGGCGGUCGUGUUGUCCUUAGAAAACAACUCCAGAGGUCGUGCACGAGCCGAUCAGAUGAUGGUCCUGGAAAAACUGAGCACUUUUAAGAACUUCUUGGAGAACACGGUGGGAGCGUUUUUAUCACCGGCCUCCAGCAGCAACAGCAGCAGCAACAGCUCCAGCGUUAACACCACAGCCUCUACCAGCGUGACCACGGCCAGCAGCAGUGUGGACAUCCCUCACCCCUUCAUCAUGUUCUCCCAUCUCCUCCUCUUAGCCCUGUGUCUCCAACUCUUCAUAUAG